AUGAUUAAAACUUCAGCCGGUGAUCAUCAACAUUUCAAUGCAGAAAAAGAGAUUCGUAAAUAUUCAAUAGAAGUUUCAACAUUUGAUGUUAUUAAAUUGUCAGAUUUUCAUAAUUAUAAAUGUUCUACAAUAUGUUGGUAUUUAUAUAUGUGGAUAGUUUUAUUUUUAUCAAUUGCAUUAUUAGCCACUGAUAUUUAUUCAUGUUUAAAUAUUUUAGUAUUUCAUAGAUGGGCUAAUGAUAGUUAUACACCAUAUGCUUAUUCAAUUGCAAAAUGGAUUUUUACUGGUUGUAUAAUUUUUCAAUUUUGUCUAAUCAUAUAUCAUUUUAUUUGGGCUAUUCAUAUUUAUAGAACCAAAAAUAUUGCGCUUGUUUAUUUAAAUUCAAUUGCAAAGAGAUUUUAUUCAAUUAAAUCAUAUUAUUAUUUUUGUUUAUUAAAUAGCAUAGAUGAAGGAGAAUUUUUUGAUUGGUGUUGUUUUUUAACAUAUUAUGAACUAGAUAAUGCUUUGCAAAUUUUAAUUGCUGACACACCAAGACAAGUUAUUAAUGUUCUUACUUUAAGGUAUUACGCAACUGGAGGAGAUUUAAAUAAUGCAAUAUUGAACAAUAUUAAACUUAUCGCCAGGACAAAUUUAUACCUAUCUAUUAUUUUAAGUUUUAUGUGUUUAUCAGUUGUAAUUUAUGCUAUAUUUUUAUUUAAAUUUUUAUUUGGAAUGAUUAUGUAUACUCCAAUUAAAUGUUCAAUAAAAGAUACAAAACAUAACACUUUGAAGAAAUAUUGUAUUAAUUUGAUUAAUAAAAGUGUACAUAAUGCAGUUAAUUUACAUCAUAAAUCAAAGAAAGAAUUAUUAGAUCAAGGUUUAUUAUCUGAAAAUAGAAUUGCAAACUUACCUUCAUUAUCAUCAAUAAAUAAUUUUGAUUCAGCUUCAACUAUAAAUUUGUAUAAUUUAAGAAAACAGCCAUCAUUACAAGAUUUGAGUCAAACUGAUUCAAAUAGUUUAUAUGAAAAACAACAGUUAUAUGACUCAACAAUGAAUAACAACUCACAUGUAAAUCGAAGAUUAAGUUUAUUAAAUGAUAAAGUGAGGAAACAACAUUAUGACGAUGUACCAAAUUAUAAACAACGACAACCAUCAACAUCAAAUUUACUACAAGAGAGCACCAAACCAAUUAAAAAACCGCCCUUAUCAUAUAAUCAAGAAUUUAGGUCUACUAGCGAGCAAUUGAAUAAACAACCGGAAAGGAAUUUUACAGAUUAUUCGAUUGAAACGGUUAAAGAUCCAUUCAUUGAUAAUUUAAAUAUAUCAACUUCUUCAUUAACUAGACAAUAUGAUAAUCCAUACCAAGGUAUCGCCCAAACAACCAUCACUCAAAACUUAAAUAAUUCAACUAGUUCAUUAAAUUACGACAAUCAUGAAGUUAUUCCACCAAGACGAAUAUUUACAGAUGAAUAUCCAAUAUCAGAACAAGAAAAAGAGAUGAAAUUAGCAGAAAUGAAUGAUAGUAAUGAUGAUUUUGAUAUUUUAGAUGCUUAUAAUCUGAAAAAUAAUCUGAAUGAAUCAUUAACACCGUAUCCAAUACGAGGAGUUUCAAAAUACUUUGAAGAAUAA